AUGAUCCCACAGCGUAUCAAGGCGGGCAUUGAUGCUCAAGAACGCAGAGUAGAUCGGGCUCGUCAAGAUGAGGGUGCUCGGGAACACGAGGACAGAGGCAUUCGGCGUAAAGAUGAGCGACAACAGUGGACAAGAAGAAUGCCAAGAAGUACAAGAACCACAUCAAAAGCACGGGGCUACGCUGAUGAAGCCGUGAUCUCACUACCUAUCCCUCCACGGAUUGUCAUCGAGGAGACGCAGAUCUCGGACUUAGGCUUCAAAAACCACAGGGAGGGUCUCGUCGACCAUUAUUGCGAUGUAGGGGUCCGGCUUGUGCUCGGGGUCGAAGGUUUUCUCGUCGAUUGGGCUGGUGGACUCACAGUCCCUGGUGCCGACGACCCAGCAGAGGUGCCUUUCUUCUAG